AUGCACGCGACAUUGAUGCCGCAGGAAAGCGAGUUGCACGGAAUUGUUCAAGACAGUGUCGCGCAAAUGACAACACUCUCGGCUGAAAUUCAGAACUUUACCGCAAACGGACAGCGUGUUUCUGGACAAAGGCAAAAGCAGCAACCGACAGUUGUUGACGCCAGUACUCAGACCAUACCAGACACUACAGGAAUUAUAUCAGACGCAAUUAGGUUUGCACAACGUUCCACUGAUUCUCAGGCAGAUGGAUGUGACACUAGCUGCGAGAACACAACCACGGGAACAGCAGCCACUGGUACCACUUGCCAACAACAAGCUGCGGCUGAGCAAUCUGCACCUGUACCGACUCAAUCUGAGGAAGACAUGAACCUUGAUCCGGGUUUGUUGUUUCCCAACCCAACCUUCUCCCUUGGACUAACCCAAGAGGAACGUGCCGCACUUGGAAAGAGUGGUAAGACCGAUGCUCCUGAUCUUAAAUCUGUUACCGAGGAACCGGUUGCCACCACAUUUGACGAACCUGAAAAUGGCUUUCGGAGAGGCAAGAGGCAGAAGGUCCCAACCAAGUUGUUCAUGGGGGAGUACGAAUGUGAUAAAACUUCUUUAAACCGUGCUAGAAAGUCGGUUACCAAUGCAAUCUACAAAGGUGGUGACCUAGAUUACGCUGCCAAGUUUGCUCUGUUACUUGACAAGAUGCAGACACCAUUGUAA